UUGAGUUAAAUAAACGUGCACAAAAGCUAAACAAAAUUAGCGGAAAAUAAAUAUUUCUCAGCGUAAUUAAAUAAGAAACAAUCCAAUAAUGGCUGGACGUGGAAGGGGUGGAAAGACAGGCACCCUCACAGCCGAGCAAAUGGCCAUGCUGGGCUGCACCAAGGAUUUGCCGGUGCAGACAGCGCCGCCUCCCACAUUUCCGCCUGUUUUGAACAGGCCCACUACCCUAGAGACAACUGCCACACAAAACUACCAACUGCUGUGGAAGGAGGAUUUCCUAAACAGGAUGCGUGACUCGCCUUAUUACAUUGUAUCCGCCAGCCAGGAGUCUCAAAAGCUGGAACACAAGGACUGGCGAGAGAAAGCCAUGACUCGCUUGAAGCUCAAGACCCAGCCAGAGUUCAAUUACAAGGCCAUGCCCCAGGAGCUAAACAUCUCCAGUCGAAAGCGACGGGCUGCAGAUGCACGUCCCAAGCUGCUAGCCAAGAAGACCAACAUCGAGGACAGACUUAAGGUGCUGGAGCAGAAGGAACUAAAGUCUGGCGGUGGCGAGCAGGACGAGGUCAAGCAGGAAUCGGACUCCGAGCAGGAGGAAGACCAGGACGAUCCGGAGGCGGCGAUGGAUGAUGAGAUGGACGAGGACAACGACUACGGCGCCACAUACUUUGACAACGGAGAGGCGUUCAACGAUGAGGACGACAACUUGGAUGAUGGUCCCGUGUACUGAUACUAAUAAAACCAGCGAACUGAA